AUGUCUCCUUUAGAUAAAGCAAAAGUCCAUUCCGUACAGGCUCAGAACUGGGCAAAAAUGGGAAAAGCGGGAUAUGACGCCGAAGAGGUGACGGAAAGAACGACGGAAGGCAGUUCAGUGAGCGGUAUCGGCUCCAGAAGUUGUACCACAAAUAUUGGUACCACAACAACGAAAAGCGGCGUAAGUUCCGGUAAGUACGGACCAAGCAAAAAUUCCGAUAAUAUCGUGAUUAUCAAAGGCGAUGUUGUCAGUCUCUGGAAUCAUUCUGUGAAAAUUCAUCAUGUGUUUCUUUCAUAUGUUGCCGCGUCGGUUUUAGCUGGUUGUUCGACGGGAACGCAAUUACACGGCGACAGACCUUAUAUCGAAUCUACUACCACCCAUACCCGUCCGGUGUCGGAACCGGUCAGAGCCAUGACCAGUUUCAGCGACAGUUUAAGCUGUAUGGAUAAUUUAUUGUUACAAAGUAAUGCGGGGCAAACGGUUGUCGCCAUUAAAACCAUUAACGAUCCGUCGGGUAAAGCGUUAGUCGCCGCAAAUGACAUGAUUGUGACCGCACUUUCACAGAUGUCUCGUACCAGCGGAGCGUUCAGAGUGGUGGAUUUUGAAAUCAAUCCGAUGAAGCAGGACACGGUACAAACUCUUUCCAGUUUACUUUUACCAACCGGCAGCAUGCAGAUUCCCGCCCCGCAAAUUUAUAUUUCAGGUUCCGUUUCUUAUGUUGACCAAAGCGUGUUGAAAAAAUCCGACAGCGCGGGAAUUUCGGUAAGUGAUGACGUAGAACUUGGUCUUUCCGGCGAUUUAAUCACCACGGCGCUGGGUAUGGAAUUACAUGUGGGGGAUUUUUUAACCCGAACUUUAUAUCCGGGUAUUGAUUCGGCAAAUGAAAUUGUCGCCGCCAACAAAGGUUUCGGAUUCGAUUCCGGAGCAAAAAUCCGUAAAGUGGGCGUUCAGUUCUCCUUUGAGCGAAAUUUGUCUCAGGGCGUCGGCUCGGCGGUACGGACGUUAACGGAUUUAGGCAUGAUUGAAUUGGUGGGUAAAUAUGCGCAAGUGCCUUAUUGGCAAUGUUUAUCCUUAGAUCAGUCUCAUCCGGAAUUCCAACGCCAGUUGUUGGAUUGGUUUGAAGGUAUGGGCGAAACUGAAAAAGUGAAGUUAUUCCAAACCGGAUUACGUAAUCUCGGUUAUUACAACGGCCCUGUAGACGGCACGCCGACAACGGCAUUUAAAGAAGCGCUGACCUUGUUCCAAAAAGACAACAAUGCCACACCGUCCGGCGUGAUUAACUUUGAAAGUUAUGAACGAAUGAUGAAAAACUACACAAGGGUUGACGGUAGCGGUAAUAUCAAAAAAGCGGGGUUACAGCCUUCCGGUAAAAAAGAUGAAGACGGUUCGAACGAACCUCGUAACGGCUAUCCGUAUUUUUACACGGAUAAAGGCGAUCCGAUUAGCCUGAAUAUGUCGUCCGAUAAAUCGCAAUACAAAAUCGGCGACAAACUAUCGCUUACCAUUAACGCCGAUAAAGAAGGUUCGCACGUAAGCUGUUUCUAUCAGGAUGCGAGCAACAGUAUUGCUCAGAUCUAUCCGAAUCCGUUAGAGGCGGAAGAAAAUCUGUCCGCCGGGAAACCUUUGAAUCUGCCGGGCAGUAACGCUUAUUCUCUGGAUUUAACCAGUGCGGGCAAAGAAUCGGUCAUGUGCGUGGCUUCCUAUUCAUCCUUAGCACCGCGUUUGAGCCAGACCUUCGGUGAACCGUUCAAUCCGAUUGACGUGAAAAGUAUGUCGGAGCUUUCCGCUAAGUUGAAAGAAGUCUUUGGUGAUGAAAUUAAAGGUACACAAACCGUUUCUUACACGGUUAAGUAA